GGACAGCGCCGGGACAGCGCCGUGCCUCUUCCCGCACCACCGGGACAGCGACGCCGAGGCUCCCGGUCGGCAGCCGCCCCGCCAUGGCUCUCAGCUCCGAGCGGCUCUUCGACUCGCUGGGACAUUUCGGCAGAUUUCAAGCAUGCGUUUAUUUUGCAUCUGUCUUUCAAGCUAUAUCAUGUGGUAUCCAUUACUUAGCAUCCGUGUUCAUGGCUGUUACUCCUAACUUUGUAUGUGGGUUCCCUGGAAAUGUGAGUAGUGUUCUUUUCCACAACUCCUCUGCAUCAAGUAUAGAGGACAUCUGGACAGUGUGGACAUCAACAGAAAAUUACAUUGUAGCUCAGCUGGAAAAUGGAGAAAUUUGGGAACUUGAUCAAUGCAGCAGGUCCAAACGAGAAGUCAGUUUGGAUCUGGCAUACGAAUACAAAGGCAACAAGUCUGUAUUUCCUUGUUCUGAUGGAUUUCUCUACGACGAUACAAAGUGGAAGAGCACUGUUGUUACACAAUGGGAUCUGGUCUGUGACCGAGAAUGGCUUGCAAAAUUAAUCCAGCCCACUUUCAUGCUUGGAGUCUUGAUUGGAGCAGUGAUUUUUGGUGACAUUGCUGACAGACUGGGAAGACAGCGUGUUAUAUGGUUCACAAGUGCUGGUCAGUUUGUAUUUGGCAUCGCAGUGGCCUUCACAUUUGACUACUACAGUUUCGUGAUCGUGCGCUUUCUCCUUGCUAUGGUUUCAAGUGGCUAUCUGGUUGUGGCUUUCGUUUAUGUGACUGAAUUUGUUGGCAUUAAAGCACGAACCUGGGCUUCUAUGCAUGUCCAUGCUUUUUUUGCUUUGGGAAUUAUGGUUGUGGCACUCGUGGGAUUUUUGGUUCGGACCUGGUGGGUCUAUCAGAUAUUUCUCUCCAUAGCAACUCUUCCUUUUGUCUUGUGCUGCUGGAUGCUCCCAGAAACACCUUUUUGGCUCCUGUCAGAGGAAAGAUACGAAGAUGCACAAAAAGUGAUUGAUACAAUGGCAAGAUGGAAUAAAGUCAGCACUCCUUGCAAAGUUUCUGAACUGUGCUCGGUGCAACAAGAUGACCUAGCCAGUGGCAGGACGGGUGAUGAUGAUACAUCCUCAACAAAGAAGCACAACAUCUUAGACCUGUUUUGUAACUGGCAAAUUGCAAGAAGGACCAUCACAGUCUGGCUGAUCUGGUUCACUGGGAGCUUGGGGUACUACGUCUUCUCCCUCAGUUCUGUCAGUCUAGGAGGAAAUGAAUAUUUAAAUCUCUUUCUCAUAGGUGCUGUGGAGUUGCCUUGCUAUAUCAUUGCUUGCGUUGCGAUGGACAAACUGGGAAGGAGGAACACACUCAUUCCGUUCCUUAUUUUAAGUGCACUGAUCUGUGUUUUAAUUAUGUUCAUACCUCAGGAUUUCAAUAUAUUAAUUAUCUUAGCAAAUAUGGCUGGAAAAUUUUCCAUAGGUGUGGCAUUUGGCCUUAUAUAUCUCUACACAGCAGAACUGUACCCAACAAUUGUAAGAUCACUUGCUGUUGGAAGUGGAAGCAUGAUGUGCCGCGUAGGAAGUGUGGUUGCUCCUUUCUGUGUAUAUCUGAGAAGUGUUUGGAUUUUCAUGCCUCUUUUGCUUGUUGGAAUCAUGGCUCUUCUGAGUGGAAUGUUAACCAUAUUGCUUCCAGAAACACUGGGAAAACCACUGACUAAUACUUUGGAGGAAGCUACAGAAAUGGGAAGAAACAAGAAAAGCAGUUCCAAAAAGACUCCUCCAGCACAUAGUGGUUCUGAAAAGACUCCUCCAGCAUUAGAAAAGAUAGAGAUGUUUGGUCAAGAAAGAGUCAGUGCUGACAAAUAAAGCAGUGGCAAAAUAGCUGUUCCAAAUUUUAAUCACUAUCUAAUUUAUAAGAUCUCUGUAUUCAAGAAAUGUGACUGUUCUAUAACAUCUGUGCCUUUUACUUUGUAUCCUGUCUUCCCUUUCCAAUAGAGUAAUUGUAUGAAACCUUUUCAAAGUGACCGAAUUACUGCAGAAAAUUUGAUAAGACUUCUAGAUCCCUUGUCAAAAUUGCCCAGACUUUAAAACACCUGUCUGACUUGCCAAGACUGGUUGGAAUGAUUACUCUAAAUGUUGGAACCCGCCUGA